AUGCUGAAGAAAGUUUUGAAAAUAAAAGGCGUUGAGGGUCGCACGGCACUCGUCGAGUUUGCUGUCAACAAACGUGUCAAGUACCUCGAGUACUUGAAGGAGCUCCACAGCGAAGAGGGGUCGCUGUGGAUGAAUACAGUGCACCUCGAUUUGUAUGAGAUAGGCAAGUACUUUAACGUUGCGGACGCCUGCCUUCCUGCUGAUCGUGGUGGUGUCAGCAAGGCGGGGCUCAUUCGGCUGCCUGCAGAGAAGCCAGUGGCGGUCGCGGCAAGUACUACAGGGGCGCGGCCGUCUCUGAGCAGCAACGCCUCGGCCGAUCCAAACGUGGCAGAGGCGGACUUCAUUACCGUUUCCAUCGCUAACGCCCCGGCGGCGAUUCAACAGCGCAGUAGCUCGGCGGAAGACUGGGCGCGCUACUACCUUCCUUGCUACGUGGCGCUUGCCAUUUCGCUCUCUGAGAUUCUCCUCGUCCCUAUUGGCGGGGAGGAGUUUGUGGAGUGCUUUUACGGGCUGCUGCUGGAGCUCGAGGUCGCCUAUGCAAGCGGCGCGGCUUCCAAGGCGCUGGCGCAGCGCAACCUCCGGCAGUUCCGCCAGCACGUGUCGCGAGGCCUCAAGUCACUCUUGCAGACUUCAACAGACGCAGAGGCGCGAGAUGGGGUGCCGACACUCCCGGUGACGACCACAUCUUCCGACCUCGACGCGCAAGUCAAAUAUAUUUUUCUGAACCAGCGGCACCUCGAGUACACGGCAGCGUCUCCCUCGUACGACGCUGUCAUUCCUGCACUUUGCUCCGUUCUGAUGUUUGCCUACCGAAAACUCUGCGACUAUGAGCUAAUGCGAGAGGAGGAGUGCGUGCGACGCAUCCUCUCCAUCGACAAGCGACUGGAGCGGCUGUUCUUCGCCCACGUGAGUCACGAGGUGGAUAAAAUUGCAAAUCACAAGCUCCUGCGCGAGGCUUACCUUCUCUCCACUGGGGCCCUGUUUGCGGACCUCCUCGCUGAAUCCGCACAUCGUGGCGCCAGCAGUGAUGCUGCCAUCGGUGGCGGAGCGGACUUCGUCACCGACUUGCUCAUGCAGCACCAGGAGCAUCGGGGCUCGUCGAGUCUGAAAGCGACUGGCAAGAAAGGGUUCGAUUCCUCCUCCGACGAGGAGGACGAUGGGACUGUUUGGUUUGGCCCGGGAGUAGACCAGUGA